CAAGUUCCUUCCUUAAUAAGUCGUACGAGGUCAUCCAAAUUGCUCACGCUCUGCAUCUCUUGGCGUAUAUUUAUAAGUUCCUCAAGUUGUGUGUAUACGAGAACAAAAAUCCCAAUUUAGGAAUAUGAUUGUUAUUCACCAAGCUUGCUUCCUAACAGUAAGGAAGCCAAACGUCAUAUAACCGGAAACAAGGAUAAGAUGGUAUACGUACCUUACAUAAGCUCAAAACUACCUGGAUACGACGGUCAAUAUAGUGUAGGUGCCUUCGAUUUAGAGUUGCCAGUCGAUGAGCCGGAUAGAGAACCUUCUGCUAGCUUUAAACUCGAUUCUGAGGAAAAUCCGCUCAAAUUAGAAACUGUUCUUUUUACAUUGUUCUAUCCAACGGAUAAGAACGCUUUGGAUAAGCGUAAGAAGUUGAUAAAGUGGUUCCCCCGUCCAUUUGCUAGUACUGCCUAUGGUUACGCCAAAUUAGCUGAGAUAUCGCGUACAUUUGCAGUUUCAUUCGCGCAUGCAUUGGCGAGGAGUACAAAGAUACCAGCGUACGCUAAUGCGCCAUUAGCCGCUUGCCCUACUGGAAAAUGGCCCCUCAUUAUUUUCUCGCACGGAUUAGGUGGUCAGAGGAGAAUGUACAGUCAUCUCUGCGGUAGUUUAGCCAGUCAUGGUUAUAUAGUAUGCGCAAUUGAACAUCGCGAUGGUAGCGCGCCGAAUACAUGGGUAUAUCCCCCCUUAAACGAACGAAGUGAGCAAGGCACACCGCGGAGUGUCACUUGGUAUGACUGGAAACAACUCAAGUUUGAUGAUGCAACGAAAGAGGAAAGUCAUGUUCCUUUGCGAGAUGAACAGCUUGAUUUUCGAUUGCGGGAGCUCGAAAUGGCGUGGAAGCAUCUCAAACGUAUCGCCGAUGGCCAAGGACCAGCUUGUGAAUUGAUCAAUCAUAGAAAAAAUGUCAGUGGGUCUGCAAGGAAAGUCAAUUGGGACUCGUUCGAGAAAUAUAUGGAUGCGUCACGUGAUGUGACCUUCAUGGGUCACUCAUUUGGAGGUGCUACAGUAUGUAGAAUAGCAACAAAGUCUGAUGGCUUCGUCAGAUGUAUCACCCUAGAUCCUUGGAGUUGGUGGGAAGUAUUCCCUCGAGACGCGAUAUCUUUUCCAGUGUUUACACCACCACAUUUAGACAUAAAAGUGCCAUUGCUUACAAUAAAUUCUGAGCAAUUCACCGUCUGGCACGAUAACUUCCGUUCAGUGUAUGAAUUACACCUACGACAGAAGGAAAAAGGAUUACCAUCAUGGUUAUUUACAAUUUGUGGGACAUUACACGGUUCAUUCUCGGAUAUAAACCUGAUAGCGCCGCGCAUAUCAAAAUACAAAGGCAUGAGAAUAAACCCAAAGCAGGCUUUGGGCGCGACAGUAGAUGUUGUGAGAGAAUUCACUGAACAAAACAGAUACAAUGAUGGGACUUCAUCUCUCCGAACACAUACGAGUCAAUCAACUUCAGAAUUUUCAGUAUGUGAAAAUGAAAAACAUGAACAUACAAAAAUUCUUGACUUACAUCGACAUGAGCGUCCGUAUGAACUUGCUAAUGAAGAUAAAGAGUCUAUGAUUAGAAGAUGGCCUCCUAGACUGCCGCCAACGUCGUCCGAACUUAUUAAAAUGCGCAUAGGUAAUCCAGGUCAUUUUGUAUUGCACAUAAAACCUAAAGAAGACCAUGAGGAUGCAUAUGUGGAAAGAGGACUACCAUCAACUACGCUCCCUAGUAAUGAACACCCAAGAAAGAAUUCGAAUGCACCUAAAAGAGAGCUCGCUUACGACGUUGCGGCCGCUUAAUUGAAAGAAAAAGGAUACUAGAUCUGGAUUAUAUAAUUUAUACUGUCAUAAUUAAAAUACUACUUAAUUCAUACA